UCUCGUCGAUAUGGCGGCGCAAGCUUCUAGCUCGGCCUCUCCGUCCAACAUGUCUGUCACAUCGGUGUUGUCUCCAGGACUGCCACCGACCCCGCCCCCGACCUUAACCGCAAUCUCCAAGUCACCCCUGGAGUCGAAGGCGAGCCUGCCUCGCUCCACGUGCCGCGAGGACUCGUUGCCCCUCGCCGUGUUUUAUGGGCCGCUGGACGCAAAAAAUCCGCUUCUGGCCUCCUUUGAGAAGGAGAUACAGGAGUUGCUAGGCUUUAUGAAGAGAAAGAAGGCUUUAGCCACCACAGAGAAACAGAAUCAUGAAUUUCACCGGCGAUGUGCUACCUCUUUGUUUAAUAUCUGGACCAAAUAUGCCCCCCGGCUGCCAGCUGCCUAUUACAAUGAAAAGCUUCUGAAGGUUGGAGAUAGCCUUUGUGAAAUGAAAGAAUAUAAAAUGGCCCUAUUGCAGUGCUAUGGAAGAUACCUUCAGCAGUUCAGUAUCAACUUUGAUGAGAAUCAAGCAGAUGUGCAUCAAUUCAAAAUGGUCUUUUUUCCAAAAGGCUUUGGAGACAAAACUGCUGCAAAUACAUUUCAUGCUUUAAAUGGCAAAUAUAUUUGCACCUACGAGCUGGUCUGUGACAGUGAUAUGAACCUGCAGAAUAAAGAAUCUGUGAACCAAUGUCUACAUAUCUUGUCCUCCUUAAGACUCAUCAUGCAGGUGGCUCUGCCACAGGAGCACCUGUGCUGGAUUAUCUUCAAUGGUACCAUUUACAUUUACACCAUUUGCAGAAAACUGAUGAUUAUAGGUCAGUCUUCCAAGGCCUUAGAAUAUCUCCUGUGGGCCAGUAUAUGUAUGGAGUCCUCGGUCCCACUCCUGUCUGUCAGGUACUUGACAUGGAGAGCUACCCUUUACACUGCUGUCUGCCAGUGCUACUAUGACUGCCAAGCUGGUAUCCAUGGAGAGGCAUUUGCUCGACGUGCUUUAGCUAAAAUUGAUGAGUUAAGGCAGCUGGAGUUGAUGAGUUCCUCACAAUCACAGGAAGAAUCCAGAAUAUAUUAUAGAGAGGCCACAAUAAAGAUGGCAGUGAUGAUCUUCAAAAGAGGAGUAUUUGAAUCUAGAAGAAAAAACAAAGCUUUCUUUAGACCAAAGAUAAGAAUUAACCUGAAGGAAGUACAAACUUUACCGUGGCCACGUACUGUUACAGAACGGUUGUUGGAUGAGAUGUUUGAUAGCACUGCGUCCCAGUUUCUGGCUGUCUUGGAAGCUCUUUCUGAUUCGAAUAGGCGAACACUACAAACUGGACCUGUUGUUACAGAUGAAGUAGAAGUUCGCGAUGUUGUCUUAGAGCUGUUUAUAGCAGGAAAAGAACUUUUAAUAAUGUCACACAAUGGUGAAGAUGGAAUGUUUGGUUUUCCAAAAACAUCGCUUCUACAACUUAUUAUAAAAAAACAAAAUGUUAUUUCUCUGGAUGCUGCUGUGAAAUUUAUAAAAUUAGCUUUUACUUAUGAGGAAUGGAGUUUAUUUGACUCUUCAGCUGGGCAGCUUAUUGAUUUUCUCCAGAGACAGGAUGACCCAGAGUCAAAGAAAGCAGAGAAGGAUUUAACUCUUCUUCUUGCAAUAGAACCUCUAAUCAAUGUAAAGAGGAACAAAGGUUUGAUCUGUCCUUUGGAAAACCAUAAAGAAGGACAGUCAGCUUUGUAUGAAAAAAAAAUUGCUUUUCCUGAUACUUCUGUGAGGACUUAUGGAUAUUCAGAAGACAUUUUCCAUUUAGCAGCAACCUUGUAUUCCUGUGUCUGCACCUCUCCCCAGAAUGUUCAGCCUGAUAAGGAAAUCGUUGUGGAUAUGAUAAUGUUCCUGUGGCAGAAAUGCAAAUUAGGGAUUCAGCGGAUCAAUAUGUCCAGAAACGACUAUGCAAAGUUCACCCAGAAAAUCAGUACUAAUAAAUGGGUUUAUCUUCUGUGGCAGAUAAAUGAAAUAAUUCACUCCUAUAAAAUGGAAGACAUUGACAUUGUGGUGGUGGCAGAGGUCACAUUACGAUUAAGUGAAAUAUUGGAGUCUUUAGGAAACCCAAGAAGAAAAUUUAAAAAAUCUCUAGAGGCAUCUGUAAAAAAAAAGAUUAGUGAAUCCCUUGGAACUCUGAAAGGGGGCCAGGAAAUUCUUCCAAUAUUAAAGAAAAAACCUUUGGAACAGUUAUAUUUGGCUUACGAACUUCUUGACAAAGCAAUUGGUGGAAUAAAUUUCCAUUGCAUGUUAACUACUUUGCCAAAUGGAUCAUCAGUGAUUGAUCAUUAUUAUGCCAAGUACACCUGUGAUACAGAUAAAGAUAUUUCCAAACCAGUCACACCUAAUAAUUUCAUCAUGGAUUUGCAUCUUGAACUAAUUCAAGCUCAGCACCGAGUAGCUGUUGUGCUUCUUGACCAGUUGCAAGUUUUGCAGACUCCAGUAGUUAGCAAAAAUAUAUCUGCCAAAAUUCCAGAAAAGCUAAAACAAUCUGGAAGCACUGAUUGUUUUACAGAAUUAAGUGUAAUGAAUAAAAUAAGGAAGAAUAAGCUAUCCAAAGCUAUUUACUUGAUGCAGAAAGCUCUUCUAAUAUUUGAGAAAGAUGCAACCUCUACAUCUUCACAUAACUUUUUGACGGAAGCAUAUUCUUUAAUUGAGAAGGCUGAAGUAGAACAAAAUAACCUAUAUACGUAUCAGAAAUACGUGGAAAGUUCAAAAAGAAAGAAAAGCAGAAUCCCUCCACCACCUAUCGUGCUAUCUCGAACUCAUUGUUCUGUGACAUUGAAACCUGCUCCAUUUAUUUCAGAUGUUAAGGUCUCAUGGUACUGCAUUUUGGGUUGCAAAGCAGAAGGGAGCUAUGGAAAAGUGAGACUAAACAAUAAUGAUCUCCCAAACUCAGGAGAGGCGAUACCAGCUGAUGGUAAAAGCAUUUUUGAAGUGAAAGGUUUAGAAAGCAAUGAAAAAUAUAUCUUUGCAAUUGCUGCUUAUUCUUCUAAUGGGAAGCUUGUCGGUGAUGCUAUUGGGGAGACAACUAAACCAAUUCUGGUUUAUCCACCUCUUUCUGCUGUUACUGCUCGGAUGUUCCUGACACAGGUUGCCUAUCAGAUUGAUAACUAUGAGCUGGCCAAGAAAGUUUUCUCACCAGUUUGGGAUUAUUUUGUUGCUUCACCACCUCACAAUGAACAAUCUGUUAUUAGUUUAAGCAAUAUAAUGACUAUUACACAGAGAAGAUUACAUUCAGAUAUUUUGGCAGAGACUUCUUCAAUCCUCUUAUACCUUUUUCUUAGAAAUAUUUUUGUAACAAGUGAUAUUAAAAUUAAAGAAGAAAAUCUUUUCUGUGAUAAUAUUAAAGGCAAUGAGAUUUCCCCUUCUCAACAAAUUGCUAGACUAAUUGAAUGUGAGAGAGUGUUAGUGGCAUUGGAACUCAGCAGCUACCUAAAUGAUUCCAGUUACACCCUUCAAGCUGUGACUCAAUGUUAUGGCCUCCUUGCUCCUAUAAUCUAUCACAACAUUGUUUUGGUACCUGUUGUACAGAUCUUGAUAAAGUGUGUAGUGGUUUUACAAGGACUACCAAACAUCACCCACUCAAAGAAACAUGUUGCGACUUUUGAAAGCAUACAGCACAUGAUAGCGUGUUGUAUCUUCUAUAUAGCAAAGAUUCUGCGUUCAUGGAAGGAAUACGACCUGGCAGUAAUUAUUAUAAAUUAUGGAAAAAAGAUGUUGGAUAUCACAUUAGGGUGCAAAUCUGUAUUUGGUACUACUGACCAAGAAGAAAUACAAGAGGAGGGUUCUAAGAAGUCUUCCAAGAAUAAGAAGCCACCACAGAUAAUAUCACCUGAAAAAAUAAAUGAGCAGCUGGUCUUGAUGGAGACACACCUUCUCAAACUGACAAAGCAAUAUAUUACAACUGAACUCUCAGGAGCAGAGGACCCUAUAUUUCUUUACCCUAUAGUUUUAAAUUGGUCCAUCAAAGGUGCUGUGAAAGAAGUUAUGAAAUUUAAACAGAAACCUAGAUUCCUGGAGUUUUUUACGCAAGUUAUGCUAAAAUGUAUGAAUGAUGAAAAAUUUCACCUUAUGGUAGAAAUUACAAAUCCUGUGUAUGAAUUCAUGAAAAGGAGAAAUGAUUCUCUACUUGAAAUUAAAAAAAUGAAAUAUAAGGACAGUAUUUUCUAUAAAAAGGCAACUAAACCUGUGAAGAAGUUCAAAGCUGUAAUAAUGGAGAUUGGAAGACCUACAGAAAUACAAAGAAAAAGAAGUAGAAAAAGGGAAACUCUAAGAGAUUUUUUUGCCAAAAAUCCAAGUAUUUUUGAAAUGACGGAACAUGAAAGAAAUAAGAGACCUGAUGUUAGAAAAAUAGCACAUCGAUUUCUGGUGGACAACUUGAAUCCUCUAAUAUUCAGUUAUGUUAAAAAGAAGAGGUUCCAUCAAAUAUGCCUUGAAGAGAUGCCCUGGAAGGCUCAGAUGAACCUGUAUCUGGCAAAUGCUCACUUCAACCUACUUUUAAUAAAGCUAAGGGAACGUAUGAAGAUGAAAUUUGGCACUUCACAUACUAUGGUCAGUUUCCGAUCAUAUGAUCCUAAUAUGUUCUCACUAUAUAAUUCAGGAACAGUAUUACCAACAGGAAAAAUGACUAUAGAAAACUAUAAAGUGAUGCUUGAUUUCCUUCAUACAGCUAAAAAAAGAAAGGCCAACUUACCAUCAGAUGCUGAAGAAUUCAUGACAUUUAUUAAUUCCCAAAUGAUUGAUGAAAAAACCGUUUCCAAGGCACAGACAGUUCAUGACUCAGACUUUCGAUCAGGAUCAGGUCUUAGUGCCAAGGAAAAGGAUCGAACAGCAAAUUUGAGUUUAUUGGAUCAUUUUAUGAAAAUCUUUUUAUAUUGCAGAAGAGCAAUGGUUCUUGCUUAUCGUGGUGGCUUUUGGACUCUGCUUCAGAACUACUGUCGGGCCCUUUGGAACUUUACUCAGGAACUGCAAAUACUUCUUAAACAAACAGUGGAUGUGUAUAAAAUAUUUCCUAUUAGUCAGGAUGGUUUCAUCUGUACCUCUGUUUUACCAUUCUAUUUGGGAGCAGAAUUUCUUAUUGACAUGUUACUAGAACUACAAAAUACCAAUUCUAUUCAGAUUAUUGAAGAAAAAGGAGAGUUCAGUGUUCCAAGUUGCUAUGGAAAUAUUAAAAAUGAUAAUGGUGGUUCUAGCCUUAUAUUUGAGCAUCCUUUAGAUGAUGUAAAUGUGGUUGAUUUGAAAUGGAUCCAUGACUUUGUAUUAAAAUCACUGGAACUUUUAUAUCAAGUCGAAAAAUGGGAAACACUAGUAUCACUUGCCAUUCAGUUCAAUGCAGUUUCACAUGAGAGAUAUACAGAGCAAGUGACACCACUCCUGGUGUAUGCACAGCGCCAGCUUCUUCUAAGAAUAUCCAAGUACGAGGGCCCAGAUAUUAUCCAACAACCUUGUGGAAAAUAUGAGGCUGAACAUAAAGAGAAGAUAACCUGCCGAAAUUUUAUUGGGAAGCAGCUCAAGAUUAAUCCUACAACCAAUAAACUGACAGAUGUAGAAAACUGGAUGGAUUUACUAAGAAAGCUUAUCUCUUCAGAAUACAGCCAAGCCAAAAAGCUCGUCUGUGUGCCCGUGGACGUGACAGACACUUUGAGAUGUUUUAGAGAGACAUUGGAAAAAUCCAAAUACCAUAACAGAUCAAUCCGACACAGCAGAAAGUUGCUUUCAUUAUUUCUUGCACAGACACAAGAUGUUCUCCAAGCCAGCAAUCAAAGAAGUCUUAAAGUUCAGGCGUUGCAUGAACUUGGAAGUCUUCUCAUCUUCGCAGAAAAGAGAAGGGCUGCUUUUAAGUGUUGGUGUCAAGCUCUUGAUGACUUAUUCAAGAAGCAAGAUGUGCUACAUACAUGGAAAGAGUUGUGCCCCUCACUCGACAGUGCCACUGACAGCUAUUCACCUCCAGGUUCCAAAGACUACAGUGAGGAAUUUCUGUCAAAAGUUGGCAUUUGGGGAUGUUUACAAGGAGCAAUCAUAUCAGCAAAGAUAGCCCAAUUUAUUAAGAUAUUGGACGUUGAGGAGAGAACGAACUGUUGCAUUUUGUCUGCAUUACUCUUUCAGGGUUUGCUCAGAACCACACUUCCACACCCCAAAGCUGAACGUUGCUAUGCUCAGUAUGAGAUCACUCAGCUUCUCCCGGGCAUUGAGCUCUUCUCGGACAGAUACAGGGCUGACAUUUGCUCUGUAGUCGCAAGUCUGUAUUAUAUAAUACAUGAACUGCACUUUGUUAAGCAGAAUAUAAUAAUUCUGCCUCUCCUUGCAUUAUACCAAUAUUUUGUUUCUGGAAUUUGCCAAGACCUAGUUAGAAAUCUAGAUGCAAGAAUCCUCAAGAUAGAAGUCCUCAUAGAUUUAACAUUCUUUUCUGAAGCCUUUCAUGAGAUGUCACAGAUCUUCUAUGGAAAAAACAUGCCUUCCCUGAUACCCACUGGUUUUAAAACUACAGGAAAAGUGAAGAUAUUUCAAUCAUUUGACUCAGGAAAACCUCUUACUAAUAAAGAAAACAUACAGGCACUUGAUGAAUUAAUAAGUAAAGGCUUGCCUCAAAUUCUGGUUACAAUUGGCCAACAACAUCUCUUAAAUAAGUUUUCUUUUGUUAAAGCAUACUUUUUAAUAAAUGUGGCUGCAACAAUAAAUUGUGUCCCAGAAACUAUAUUGAAAACAAUCUACCAUGGAUUUGUUUCUGAGAGAAGCAAAGCAAACCUCCCAAACUUGAAAGAGCUAUGUUUAAAGGAUGAUGGAGGUUCAUUUAGUCAUCUUACAAAAGUGAAAGACGACUUCACUCUUAGCACAAUAAAGUCCAUUUUACUGACAGAAGCUGAAGACAAGCUAAACCUCCUUGUGUCAGAGAUGGAGCAUCCAAGUAACAGGAGCGUCUCUCAGUGUUCCGUGGGUGAGUUGGAGAUGGUGGUGGAGGCCAGGCUUCAGCUGGCUGCAAUUGCCCUGCAGAGACAUCGGUCGGCAUAUAGUGCUGCAAUAGUAUUUUCCACACUUAAACUUCUUCAGGAUUCAAAACUUUUUAAAAAGAAGGUAGUGCAAGAUGACACAGAGAGUUCCAGCUCUCCAGGAGUUUCCGCCACUGAAAAUAAAGAUGACAAUGAGUUUUUAGAUCCUAUUUCACUAAAUUCUCGAGAAUAUUUCAACAUUCAUCUCUGGCUGAGGUGCCGCUUAGCACUGGUGACCGCGUUUGUUGCACAGAUUCGUGGCAUUGGAAUUGUAAAAGAAAAUGAUAUGACAAAUUAUGUUAGCCUCGUCAAUGAAGUGUGUGUGGAGGCAAAAAAUGCAGGUGACAGGGAGCUACAGGCUGAAUUCUUGAUGCAAGCUGUAAUCAUUGGCCUACAAGAAAAACAUUUAAAGGCAGACAUCAUAACAAACCUUCAGGCUAUAAUACAAUUGCUGGAAGGAAGAGAGUUUAAUUCUCCUCGGUCUUAUUUAAUCUUGGUGAGAAGCAUACUUUUGUUGGAUGACUUAACAAAAGCUGAGAAAUUCAAGGAAGCUCCCUCUUCAAAAACAGAAAAAUUAAGUUUGUUGACUCAGGCUCACAAUAUUCUUAUUGAACAGAUGCUAACUUUUGGAGAGACAGUAGAAUUUCCUUCAUCAGACACUGACUAUGCAAGUCCAUUACAGCCUUUGAAAAAUGUCUAUCUUCCUCAUGUCAUGUUACUGGCCAAAACAAAAAUGAGAAUUGGACAUACGGUGGCCAAACAAUUACAUUAUAAUAAUAAUAUAAUAAAAAAUAAAAAGAAGGAUCCCUUAAAUUGGUUACCUGCUCUUCAGCUUUUUGAAAUAGCAUUGAAGCUCUGUAAGAUAUCAGCCACAGAAGAACGUGAGGUGGAAGCUGAAAUCCUUUUUCAGAAAGGCAAAAUAGAACGUCAAUUAUUAACGGAAGAGAGAUCUCCAAAUUCACAAUUUGAGAGUUUAUCUGAAGCUAUACAACUAAGCUUGAGACAUGAUCAAAAUUCAGGGUUGAUAAGGGACUCCUAUCUAGAGAUGGCCCUAUCAUAUUUAUAUCUGAAGAAGCCAAAGAACAAACUUUCAGUAGCACCAUUAAUAUCUAAGGUUUCUACCAGAAGGCAUAGUUCUGUUAAAGAACCAAUAAUAAAUAGAUUUGAAAUGUACGGUUCAUUGGCCUGGAUUGCAAUAAGAGCUGCUACACAGGUCAGUGAAGCUGUGCUGGCAAUUAACCUACUUAUUGGAAAGAAGAAUGCUAGAACUGAUAAAGUUAGCCAAGGAAUAUUACCUAACAUCCCAGAAUUUGCCACUGUGGAUCUUUUGUCUUCAUACUCAGAUUAUUUGCUUGAUAACUACCAAGUUGUCUUCCAGACUGGCUAUACAUUUUUUUACCAAAGUGAUGAUGUGAAUGCCAACACAGAUGCUAACAAAAAGACUCAGACCAAAGUGGAUAUUACAUGGAUUCUUCUAUUGCGCUACUAUAUUCACCUGCAAAGGAUUAAUAAUAUGAGCAAACUUCUAGCAUCUCCGAAGGCAGAUUCUGGAAUUUCUUUGCCAGAUGAUACACUUUUCACGUCCCUUUUCAACUCUGGGUUGAUUUUACGCCAAAAAGAAAUGCACAUUUUCCUGAGAAGAUUCUUACAGCUGUAUUCCUCCUCUUGUAUUGAUGAAUUUCCAAAAGAAUUAUUGCAAGGUUUGGAAAAUCCAUCUUUUUCAGAAAAAGUCUUACAAGACUCAUCAGGCAAGUUACUUCGUGACAGUUCUCUACACUCCAUUUUAUCAUUAAAGGUCCCUGCCAGCCCAUCUUGUGUAGAGCUGAUAUCAGAUAUGGCAACACAUGCUUUGAACAAGGAACUUUGCUUUCAAUGGUACAUUCCUCCCCUUGAAAGACCUCCAAAGGAAAUAGAACCUAUGGUUUUAUUGUUGUAUGCGUAUAACACAAAGCCCCUGAAGAUUGCAGAUGUGAAAUACGAUGGUUACAACAGUGCACACGCUGGCUCUGUUUGGGUUCCACUGAACAGAGUUAUUUCGAUUCAUGAGAAACUAUCCAAUCUUGCACAAAUAGCUGAAAUAUCAUUGCCAGCAACUCCUGAAAUUAUUUCAGAUGAAAAAGUACCUGAAAUACAAGAAAUGGAAGACAAAUCAAUUGAUAAAGAAAUGGAAAACAUGAUUACUGAAUGUUGCUCUGAAAUAAUAAGUCUGUUUUCGACUGAUAGAGAGAUACCAUCGCUAUCUGAGGUCCCAUUUGAUAUCUCGCUGCCAUCUAUAUUCAGUCUUGAGAGACUUUUCGAUCUUGCUAAUGGUUGUAUCGUGUCAGGAGGAAGCCUUUUCAACUGGAUUGUGUCAAUUAUUCCCUGA